AUGUCCGCACGCGAUACUAUCAAACGCUUCAAUGCUGUCGCAGCUGCCAAUGAUGAAAAUUUAAAAAAAAAUCCAUUCUCGGAAACGUAUGGCAUUCAGAAGUUUGAUAAAGAAGCCAUAGACUAUGGUCGACCACCUACAGGAAGCAAAACUGAAGCUAGAGGUGUUAAGGCUGGUGUACACAUCUGUCGAGAGAUACUGUUCUUGUGCGAAAUCAUCAAUGAGAAUGCCGAAGGAGAAGACCCCAAUAAGUUUAUAAAGUUUGGAAAACUAUUCUAUGUAUACUCAUUCUACUCUGACAAGCUUGUGGGCAUGCUCAUCAGAGCUCGUAAAUAUGGAUUAUUGGAUUUCGAAGGAGAAAUGCUAUAUCAGAGACAGGAUGAUAACAAGCUGGUCACAUUAAAUAUGUCAUUAGAUGAGAUUCGUAGGCGAUUAAGGCCAUCUGGAGAUCCAGCUAACUGUGUAAAGCUAACAGCAUAG